AUGAGCGAGUCUAAAGCACGCAUCGAAAUGGCACCGAACGUUCCGGAACAUGCGGGUGAGACCACGUAUGAAUCAUUUCGGGUUGGUGUAAGAAUCCCACCAUUUUACGCCGAGAAACCAGCUCUUUGGUUCUCCCAGAUGGAAGCACAGUUUGCUCUGUCAAAUAUAAAAACUGACGAGACCAAGUUUUAUUAUGUAACGGGGAAUUUAGACCCUCAAUAUGCUUGCGAGGUGGAGGACAUAAUCACCUACCCCCCAACUACUAAUAAAUAUGAAAGGCUAAAAAGCGAGUUGAUAAAAAGAUUAUCUGGUUCCAAGGAGAAGAAAUUAAAGCAGCUCCUCAUGCACGAGGAAUUAGGAGACAGAAAACCUUCACAGUUCUACAGGUAUCUUACGAACUUAGCUGGACCUGGAGUACCAGAAGACUUCCUGCGCACUAUAUGGGCAAGUCGACUCCCUCAUAAUAUGCAAGCAAUUAUUGCUUCGCAAUCGAAAAGCACGAUGGACGAUCUGGCGGAAUUAGCUGACCGAAUUAGCGACGUGGUCGGACCUCAAAUGGCGUCAACAUCAGCCGUCACGAGUAAUAGCAGUGAAAAUACCGAAAUUGCAGCCCUGGCUAAACAAGCUCUCACAACCACUUUUGAAUCGUCAUUUUAA